AUGCAGCAGGCUUUGCUCUCGUCUCCAACGCCAUCCAUGCAUGUGGCUCUGUGUGUUGUGGCUGUCCGUGCUGCCAUGCCUUGCCCACUCACUCCUGCCGUGUGUGUGCGGUGGGGAGGGGUGUGGGGUCAGCACCGCCAUUCCCCCACGCUCCUCCCCUGUGGCUGUGCAGGCCACAUCGUGAGCAGCAGUGGCAGACGGACGGACGUGGGGCAGCAUCAGCGUUCUCCUCAUGCCCCAAGCCACUGGCGCCAGCAGACAACACCCGUGGCCCUCCUUUCGCUCUUCCUCAAUUCACCGCGCUUGCAUGCAUGCGCUCCCUUCCAUCAUGCUGACUCCCUCCCACUCACUUCCUCUCCCUCCCACUCACUUACUCUCCCUCCCACUCACUGCCUCUCCCUCCACUCCCAUCCCCUCCCCUCCCUUCCCCUCCCCUCCCCUCCCCUCCCUUCCCCUCCCCUCCCUUCCCCUCCCUUCCAGCCCCCCUCGCAGGACCUCAGGAGCAGCACUGCUGGUCGCCUGAGACGCCAUGCCAUGCCUGCUGCCCAUGCUGCUCUCACGCCAUCAGCUAAGUACCCGUUCCUCCAUGCCCUCACCCUUGCCUGCCACACCCUUGUGGCUGUGCCUUCGCCAGUGGCUCCUCCCUCUUCUCUUGCGUUGGAGUUGAAGUCAUGGUUACCCAUCCAACUUGCUGCCGCCACCGUGCUCUCACUAGCUCUGUGUGCGCGCAUUGCAGGGACGCACACCGGAAGGCGGGGAGAGGGGCGGCCAUUGAGGGAGGCAGCUGGUGGUGCUGCAGCUGCCUUGAUCUCGCGCUCACCCAUCAGUGGAGGGGAGGGGCGCUGGGGUCAACACCGAUACUUCCCCAUGCCCCUCCCCUGUGGCCGUGCAGGGACUCAUGGGGACGGGAGGGAGACAGCAGCAUGGCAAUCCCACUGCAGCAAGGGAGAGUAUCAGGAUGGGCCUGGUCUCUCAAGGUCACUCGCAAUGCAGCAGAGACAACUGACGGUUAAGCCAUUCUUAGACCUUACUGUCCCAUCAGGUACAACCCCUACAGCAGGUUUAUCCCCUCAGGUUUUCCUUAAGGCUCUGUGUUCAUUGGACGUGGAGGGGAGGGGCGCUGGGGUCAACAUCGACACUUCCCCACGCCCCUCCCCUGUGGCCGUGCAGGGACUCUUGGGGACGGGAGGGAGGGACGCAUCGCUGCAGCAGGUGGCAAUGGCUGCCACAAGGGAGAGUAUCGGGGUGGGCUCGGCCUCUCAAGGUGGAGGGAGGGGCGUGGGGGUCAGCACCGACGCUCCCCCGCGCCCCUUCCUUGUGGCCGUGCAGGUACCCACGGGGAUGGGAGGGCGGCAGCAAUGCAGAAGCUUGCAGUUGGUGCCACGAGGGAGAGUAUUGGGGUGGGCUGGCCUCUCAAGGCUGGAGGUGGGAGCACAGGAGCAAGGGCGGGAGAGUGGAGUCCACCCUCUCUCUCACCUCCCCCUCUCUCCCUUUUCCCUUCCCUCCCAGCAGCACCCUGCCUGGACCACAGACGAGUCUCUCCCUCCACUAAUCCCCCCUUCUCUCUCCACUUCCCAGCAGCCUCAGCAUCAUGGCGCUCUGCACGGCUGUGGUAAGUGGAGGUAA